GACCUUCUGACCCUUGCUGAUUCUGUGUUGGAAAUCGACACAGUCAACGUGGACACGAACUAGUCACCGUCCCUCCUGCUGCUGUUUUGGUCCCGAUUUCCAGCCGUUUCCUCCAAGAUUCUGCCUCCCAACGCCGCCUACACACUCUAGACACAUUUCCGAAGAUAACCACCAUGCGACAACACCGUAGGUGACAAAACAAGUGCCUCGUCCCAGCUCUCUCCCGUCUCGCUGACAGGCGAUUGCGAUGACCAAACGCCGUCGCAUCGUCCUAUGGGGUGCCAUCGUUUUCCUGGCGUGGAACAUUCUCACCUUCUUCGUCGUGCACAGGCCGUCCACAGAUCAACAGGUCCCCUCCGAUUUGUUGAAGAAACUGGAAGCUCUGCAGUCUGAGGUUCAGCGUCAGAUGAACAACAAUGAGGCACUGCUCAGGGACCUCAAGAAACAGAAAGACCUGCUCAACAGGUAUAGGACCGGUAACGCUGGAGUACAGAUGGACCAAGGGGGGAGGGUGAACCACUCUGCACACAUCACACACAGACUACAGUCUCCUGCCGGCGAUGUGGUCAUUCCUGUACUGGUCAUCGCCUGUAACAGACCAACCGUCAGAAGAUCACUCGACCUGUUGGUCAAGCACCGGCCAAAUGAACACCAGUUUCCCAUCAUAGUGAGUCAGGACUGUGGCCAUCAGGAGACUUCAACUGUCAUCAAGUCAUACGGAGACAAAAUAGCACAUUAUAUACAGCAACCUGACCUGAGUGACAUCCCAGUCCCUCCCAACCAUAAGAGGUUACAAGGUUACUACAAGAUCUCCCGCCACUACAAGUGGGCCUUGAACCAAGUCUUCAACGGGCUUGGAUAUGGAAGUGUCUUAAUAGUAGAAGAUGAUCUAGACAUAGCUCCUGACUUCUUUGACUACUUCCUGAGCACGCUCCCACUGCUACAGCAGGACUCCUCUCUCUGGUGUGUCUCUGCCUGGAACGACAACGGAAAGGAACACAUGACAGACACCAACAGACAAGACUUGCUGUACAGAACAGACUUCUUCCCAGGUCUGGGCUGGAUGAUGCUGAAAAACAUCUGGGAUGAGUUAGAGCCCAAGUGGCCAGCCAGUUUCUGGGAUGACUGGAUGAGGCACCCUGACCAGCGGAAGGACCGGGCCUGUAUACGGCCGGAAAUCUGCAGGACCAGCACAUUCGGCAGGGUGGGGGUCAGCAAGGGCCAAUACUUUGACAAACAUCUGAAGUUCAUCAAGCUGAACACCAAGCCUUUUGAUUUUACUCAUACCGACCUUUCCUACCUCCUAAAGGACAACUAUGAUAGAAGAUUCAUUAGUGAAGUAUACAGAUCACCACAACUAACUGUUAAAGAAGUCAUCGCCAACCAACACGCUGAACACAAUGUUGUUAGAGUUCAGUACAAGACCAAAGAAGAGUUCAAGGGUUUCGCUAAACAGUUGGGCAUCAUGGAUGAUUUGAAGGCUGGUGUUCCAAGGGCAGGUUACCAUGGCAUUGUCAGCUUCAUGUUCAAAGGUCGACGGGUGCACCUGUCACCCCCCGCGGACUGGACACAGUACGACCCGUCCUGGAGCUAACACCACACAAACCAUGGGGAAAACAGCUCUCUGGACACUGCCACUUUACAUCACGGGGGAGCGUGUUUUGUUCUUGGGAAAAUAAGGUGCAAACCAGGACCAAGGAUACUGUAGGAAGAUGACCUUGCCACCCCUGCUUGAGGAAUGGUUUCAUCCAGCAUACACCUAGCUGUUACACUGACCAAUACUGGACAAUUCACCAAUGAAUCUUCUUCAAAAAAAUAUUGUGCUGUUAAUGUUUUUCCUUUAAAAAAAAUUAAAUAAAGAAGAAAAUUAUUAUUGAUAAUUCUGUUGAUCUUUCAUACUCAAUAGUGUUAGGCUCAGAAAAACACUGUUGGCUAAUGAGAAAAAAUCCACCCCAUUGCAAUGAAAUGGAACGAUCCACUCUCUGCCUUUGUAUAUGUUUUCUUGAAAAUUUCUUGUGAGAUUUUGACUGCCGGGUACAAGUGUCUUGUAAAGUGCAGUUCUUCUACAGGCUAAGUGUAUGUAUGUAAUGUUUUCAUCAAUAGAUUCAGAGAGAAUUUUCUCAAAAAUAAAAAGCCAGGGUUCACAAUGAUGUAAUAAUACAUAAGAUACCUGGCUUACAUGCAAUGUACAGUUGUUCUAUUUAUACUAAGAAUUGUAAAAAAAAACACAGGAUAGUCAAGGAUGUGCCCUGGUAAGCUGGCACAUUGGAAAAUCUUUUUAUAAACAGGACUUAUAUUACAACUGAUAUAGAAGGUAAAGUAAAGCUGAGCACAGUGAAAUGUAAAGGAAUGGAUAUGCUGAUCACAAAAUCAAAUUUUACUUAGUAGAAAUAUUAAUAUCAUUUAUGUACAACCCACGAAAAGUGCUUCAAAUAGCUCCUGCUUAAUAUUAGGUUUUAACAGCAAUGUAAAAGCAGUAUGUUGUUUCCAAUGUGACUUCAAGCAACUUAUUCUUUUAUGUUUAACAUCAUUACUAACUUCAUACUUGAAUAUCGAGCCUACCAUUUAAUGUGGUAAGUUUGUUAUGAGGUUGAAACCAAUGUACAUACCCAAAAUUUUCUUCUUUGUGAUGCUGUGCCAAUUUAGAUGAGUAAAAACUGUAUUAUUAUUGCAAACAGAAAUCCGGCUCUUUGCAUUAAGCAGCUAAAGGCUAAUGGAGAAGCUGUUUUAGAGUGGGAGGGGACAGAGAACUAAAGGUGCUUUCAUAAGGCCACAGCAAGUAAUUUUUAUGGAUGACAUCAGCGUGUGCAUUAAUUUUCGUCUGAUGUUG